GCCCCAGAAAAGGCAAAAAGACAACAACAAAAAAAGAUAGUAUAAGCUAUCUUUAAAAAAAAAAAUCAAAUCAUAACAUUUAUCUGUAAUAUUUAAGGAAGCUCUACAGUGAGAAGCCUUUUGUAAUUAAAAUGAUUUCCCCUACAAGUGUGAGUAGAAUCACCAUGACUUACAGUUAAAAGCAACUUUGCAGGUCCUUUCAUCUAACCUUUAUCAUGUUAGAGUUGAGGAACCAAAGCCUAGAGAGUUGGCAUUGAAGCUCUUUCUACCUGCCUUGUGCCUGUUUGGCAAACAAGAAAUUUUACAAGUGUAGGUUUUAGCAUCCUGGAUUUUUGCAUGACAUCUGGAAGCAGGGCAAGCUAAUCUGUUUGUGUGAGUGUCAUCCACUACCUUUUGGGGGGAAUUUCCGAAACCUAAAUGGAAUGUUGAGCACAUGGAGAUUUCCUAUUUCACCUUCUCUUACAUGUGCUUCAGGAGAGUAAAAGAUGAAGAGGCAUUGUGCAAUAAGGCUUAGCUCUGCAAAUAGGUCCUAUUAGAUCCCUGGCUUUGAAAGUGGUAGACCAAGUGAGAGGCAUUUUAACAGUGAGCUCACUUGUUUUCAUUCCUUCAGGAAAAUUAGCUCAGUAGCUGGUGGGGCAGCGGCACUCUUCCUUGGAAAGAAGGUGUGCAUUCGUGUGGGUGGGAAGGGAGCCGGCAUUCAGACACCAGACGUGCAGCUGCAGGAGCAGAUGGGCGGCCCACAGCCUGGUUUUCCCCAGAGCACUGCAGGCCUGGUGCAUGCUGGGACUCAGAACACACUCAAGCAUUCUCCAGCUGCUGAUCAAGAUGUCUGAAAGAGCAAUUGCCUCAAUCUUUUUUUCUUCCAGUUUUAUUAAGAUGUAAUUGACACGACAGCACUGUGUAAGUUUAAGGUGUAUAGCAUCAUGGUUUGAUUCUCAUAUGUCAUGAAGUGGUUGCCACUUAAGUUUAGUGAACAUCCAUCAUCUCAUGUAGGUACAAAAUUAAAUAGAAAAUUUUUUUUCCAUCUGGGGAGCUCUUAAGAUUUACUCUCCUAACAACUUUCAUAUAGGACAUAUAGCAGUGUCAGUGGUAUUUAUCAUGUGUCUUAAAUCUUGUUCUGGAGUUCCCAUCAUGGCUCAGCGGAAACGAACCCAACUAGCAUCCAUGAGGAUACAGGUUUGAUUCCCUGGCCUCACUCAGGUUAAGGAUCUGGUGUUGCCGUGAGCUGUGGUGUAGGUCACAGAUGCAGCUCGGAUCUGGCAUGGAUGUGGCUGUGGUGUAGGCUGGCAGCUACAGCUCCAAUUCGACCCCUAGCCUGGGAAUCUCCAUAUGCCGCAGGUGCAGCCCCAGAAAGACAAAAAAAUAUCUUGUUCUAAGGGCUUAAGGAUCUUGAAGAAGAGUUAGAUGAGAGGUACAGUAUGUCUUGACUGACUGACUAUUGAGUGGGCAGUAAAUGGCUGAGGGAGUCCUGCUCUGGGAAGCUGUAAGCCUGCAAGUCCUGUGUGUUAGGCUGGUACCUUGUGGUAUUUAUGGUUUUGAAGGUGUAUGGGGGUAUGUGUUUGUGUAUAUAGCAUCAUGUUUGGGCAUACAUGGGAAUACACUCUCCAGUUUCGUAUGACAAACAAGAUUUAACUUUAUAGGUUACUGGAAACAAAGUUUCUUCCAAGGAAAUCCUGAAUCAAAGAGGCCACUAAGCAGAAUGCCCUUGGUGACCACAACAGCUUGAGGCCUGACACCUUAACACCUCACGUGCCUGAGUCAGGGCCAACUUCUAGGAGAAGAAUAAGCAAUUCAUGAACUGUCUUUCUAGUUUGACCUGCCACCUAAUCUUGAUGCCAGCUUACCUGGCCCAGGUAUGUGUUUUCAUGUGGCCAUCUCAGCUAAACUGAGAUGCUGGGGACCUGAGGUGUUCCUGGGAGCACAGGCUCUGCUGCUUGUGUGCUGGGUGCAGCCUCUCUCUUUCAAUCACAGCUGCUUCCUUGGGCCCUGGAUACUCAUAGAAACCAAUAUUGGCCAAGUUAGGGCUUCCUCUGAGGGGCCUGGGGAAGCAGAUUGUGUAUGUAGACAGCCCUGCCCUCGAAGAACUUAGUGUUCAGGUUAUCACACACAUCACAUGUGCAUUCAUAGCACAAAAUACUUGAUGAGGAGCUUACGAUGAGUAUGGCUGAGGAUGAGGCAGCAGAACCUUUGAGAAUCUAGGAGAAUGUUUACCAGACUCCAUCCUGUGCAGCAGUGCUGGGAAUUCAUAGGCCCUUUAGGCAAGAGGAAAGGAGAUGAGAGAGAAGGAAGGAGGCUUACCCCCAGUGUGGAGUGGAGAGUGCAUUGGUGGGCUGUCUUGCACUGAUACAUGGGGUCAGCCUAGCUGCCCAGAGGGAUGCUAUGGGUUAUAGACAAGGCACUAGGAGUCAAAGGACCUGUUUUCCUCCUGACUUUGCCCUCGGUUGUCUGCAGCCUUCACUUGCUGCUUAAGUUUCUCUGAACUUGAGUUUCCUCAUUUGAAAAAUUAAGGCUUUGUUGUUAGACUAAAGCAUGUCCAUGAUAGCAUUUAGGAGGGAAACACGAUUAGUGUGAGGAAUUGGGGGCAGAUAUCGAGCUGGAAAAGGGCAGGUGCAAAGUAAUGUCUCAGGAAUAUUAAGCUAACUCAAGCCCUGAGUUCUGGAGGGCGAUCUGAGCUUGGUUAAAGGCACCUGGAUAGAAAAGUGUGUGACUGUCCAAUCAGAAGAGGAGAAUUGGAGUUCCUGUCAUGGCGCAGUGGUUAACGAAUCCAACUAGGAACCAUGAGGUUGCGGGUUCUAUCCCUGGCCUUGCUCAGUGGGUUAAGGAUCCGGUGUUGCCGUGAGCUAUGGUGUAGAUCACAGAUGCAGCUUGGAUCCCGCAUUGCUGUGGGCUCUGGUGUAGGCCGGCAGCUACAGCUCUGAUUCGACCCCUAGCCUGGGAACCUCCAUAUGCGAGGGAGCGGCCCCAGAAAAGGCAAAAAGACAAAAAAAAAAAAAAAAAAAAGAGAGAAUUCAUUUCCUUCAUGUGAUCUCUGAGGGAAAGAUUGAAGAGAGAGGGGAGGGCUGGACUGUGGAAUUAGCCUCUGAGAAUACCCACUUUUACAACGGAAAGGGGUAGAUGCCUCCAAUAAAGGAAACAGAAAAAGGAAGUACUCAAGAUAUAGGAGGAACCCAAGGAGAGGACAGGGCUUUAGAAGCCAGGAGGCUGAGAGGCCCGUGGAGACGGCGGUCAACCAUGUCUAAGGAGAGGUGCUGUAGAAUAUGCGUUGCCGUCUUCUCCUUGGGCAAAAGCUGGGAGCCUAAGUUUGAAGAGCUCAUCUGCUCAGGAUACCUCAUGAGCAUUCAUUCAUUAUCUAGUAGGCAAUUGAAGGAGUGAGGAGGGCAUGUGGGGCCCAGGGGGUGACUGCCCUAGCUGUGAGCCAGCACCCACGCUCCUGAGGAAGGGAGGCUUUCAACAUCUCCACCAGUGCACACCCUCCAAGUGCUAAAUGCCGGCAGAUUCCUUCCUGAUCUCCACCCCCAUCACUCCUGACCUCUCCCUGUGGCAUUUCGCAAAAUCAGCGCUGGUGCAUGACGCUAAGAAGUGAAUAGAAGUAGGAAAUUAAUCCAGCUUUUCAUACUAGGAAAAAUUUUUGGCCACUCUGAGAAUUAGGGAAUUUUUCUCUCUUCCCUUUCACCUUCAGUUCCUUUCUGCUCAAGUUUUUUCUUCUUGUGACAGGAUUGCCUGUCUUGGCAAACUGCUGAUGCUUCUGCCAGGGGCACCCUAGAUUUGAUAUGUAAUGUGAACCUCUGAGGGCUUAUACAUGUUGUGUAGGAUUUGGGCCACACAAGUAAGGGGCCAUUCUCAGUAAUUUUAAGUUUCUGCUGAGGUGAGAAGCAAUGAGAUAAUGCCUGUGUUGGUGAUUAACAGCUUCACCCAGGAGGUGCUGGAUAAAUAAGGAGACGUAUAAUCACACUCAGAGGCAGAACCCGCCCGUGGCCUACAUAUGAUAUUUAACCUGUUAAGAAGUACUCAUUUCCCAUUUUGUAGAAAGCAGGCAAGGGUGGACUGGCUUUAAGGAACGUUUUCUUUCUGUAAAGUUAUCUGAUGAAAGUGAAAUAUUAGUGUGCUGACUGUUCUCCUUAUUGUAAAGCACUGACCAAACCAUUUUCCCUUUUCGAGGGUUAAAAUGAGAAUCAAAUUAGUUGUGAAAAAGCUAGAAUGAAAAUACACUGUUCCCCAGUAUCACAAGUCUAAACGCGCAAGUUUUUCAGAGAAAGGAGAUAAUUAGGAAUUUCAGUCGUGGCUCAGCAGUAUCGAACCCAACUGGUAUCCAUGAGGUUGUGGGUUCGAUCCCUGACCCUUCUCAGUGGGUUAAGGAUCCGGCGUUGCCAUGAGCUGUAUUGUAGGUAGCAGAUGUGGCUUGGAUCCCAAGUUACUGUAGCUGUGGUUCAGGCUGGAAGUUGCAGCUCCUAUUUGACCCCUAGCCUGGGAACCUCCAUAUGCCACAGGUAUGGCCAUAAAAAAAAGACAAACAAAACAAAACAAAAAAAAGAUUAGAAAGGAGAUCAUUAAAGAAGGUGUCUCUCCAGAGAGGCUCCAAGGAGGUAGAAUUCAGGGGCCAAUGCCAAUGAAAGGGAAAGAGAACUACUGGAAAACCAGAAUAGUGAAGGAAGUCGAGGGAGUGGCCCCUUGGCAGGUUUUAAAGUUUCAGAGGAACAAUGAGGAAGAAAUAGUGGGAGUGAGGGGGAGUGGUGGCUGUGGAAGGUACAAGGUGGGACCCAGGCCUGAUGCAGAGCCUCCAAGUGGAGGGAGAGGAAGGGAGAAGUAAGGAAGUAACUCUGAAAUGAAAAAAGGGAAACUAGAGUGGUGAGCAGCAGUAUAACUAGGCAAGAGACCACCGUGACUGAGGUGAGAGAUCUUGGCAGUUUUCUUUAUUUUGAUUUUGCAGUGAACAGGAGGUCUGAAGGGGCGCUAGUCUCCCAAGUACGAUGCAGACUUGGUGCCCUUUAAAUCACAAUGUUCGGAGGACACAGAAGGGCUCCAGUUCUUCUCAGGCAGCAUUAAUGCAGGGGCCCCAAAACAAGGACAUGACACUGAGGAAUGCUGCUGCUUUUCCAACAGCUAAAGAUUGGGGCCAGUCAGAAGCAAGGGUGACUGUUUUGCAUUGGCUUGGAUUCCUAGUGACUUUCUUACUCAGUUACAAUAAUGAUUUCCUCAAAAAGCUUGCCUGUGGCAGAAGAUGAAUUAGAAAAGCAGUAAUGCCAGCCUGGAAGAAUCAUCUCAAAGCUGUCAGCAGUACUGUGCCAUCCAUUUGAUGGAAGGCCGGUGGGACUUUUAUGGCCACAGAUGUCUUUAAUUCCAAAAACCUGGCCGUUCAGGCACAAAAGAAGAUCUUGGGUAAGAUGGUGUCCAAGUCCAUCGCCACCACCUUGAUUGACGACACGAGUAGCGAAGUGCUGGAUGAGCUCUACAGGGUGACCAAGGAGUACACCCAGAACAAGAAGGAGGCAGAGAAAAUCAUCAAAAACCUCAUCAAAACAGUCAUCAAGCUGGCCAUUCUCUACAGGAAUAAUCAAUUUAACCAAGAUGAGCUAGCACUGAUGGAGAAAUUUAAGAAGAAAGUCCACCAACUUGCUAUGACCGUGGUCAGUUUUCAUCAGGUGGAUUUCACCUUUGACCGGAAUGUGCUAUCCAGGCUGCUCAAUGAGUGCAGAGAGCUGCUCCACCAGAUCAUCCAGCGUCACCUCACCGCCAAGUCACACGGACGGAUUAACAAGGUCUUUGAUCAUUUUUCAGAUUGUGAUUUCUUGGCCGCCUUGUAUAAUCCCUUUGGAAAUUUCAAACCGCACUUACAGAAACUGUGUGAUGGUAUCAACAAAAUGUUGGAUGAAGAUAACAUAUGAGCAUGUGAGUUAGGAUUGUGACUGCUCAUGAUUUACUGGAAGGAGGAACACUGCUGAUUUAUGAAGGAAAAAAAUAAUGUUUUAGAGAUUAUGCAUAUUUCAGAAAGACUUUGUGUAAUUCAGUUGUCUGACAUCAAUGACAAUGCUUGAUAAGGCUUGUUCUAUUUGAAGAAAUGCAUAAUGCCAAAAAUUCUGGUAAAAAGCUUCCCAGAGGUUAAUAGAUCACAGAAAAAGCGUAUGGUUAUAUAAUGCCAAACUAGAGUUAUAUAAAGAAAAAUAGAUAUGACUCCAAGCCCAAAGACAUCUUUCGUAGGGCAGUUGUUGUGUUGGUAGCACAUUGGCUAUUUCUAACGUGUACAGAAUUGUGUAUUUUGAUUCACCUUUAUUCCUUACUAUGUACGUGUACCUCUUUUAAAAAGCCAAGAACUCUCUCUUACUAUCAUUUCUUCUUUUGAAACAAUUCCAUUUUCAAGUUUACCUUUUCUUAAAGUUUUUUUGUUAAAGAUUUUGUCAUUGACCUUCAAGAAUUCCAUCUUAAGAAUUAAGACAUUGAAGAAUUAAGGCAAUCAAAUGGAACCCUCAGAAUAAUAGAAAACUGCUUCUCUGGAAUCAAUAUUGUAGUAACCAACUGUAUUUAACAUUGUGAAUAACGUCUAAUAGAAGUCUGUGCUUCUGGAAUCGAGUCCUGUGUUUUAGUACCAACAGUAAUACUUUCCAAAACAUGCUAACUUCCCCAAAUGGCAUACCAUUGCCUUGAAAUGCUUGCUGAGGGCUUUAUUUUCAUGUUAUCUUGAAAAUGUGCUGACAAAAUCUCCAUUUUUUUUUCACAUGCAGUUUAAAUGUAAGAGAUACAGGGGAGAGCUAGACCAUUCUAGAAGUAAACGGUAUUAAGAAUGAUAAAACAAUCCUUACUUUAGAGAUGAGUCGGAGUCCUCUCGUGGUAUGCAAGGUUAAGGAUCCGACUCAGGUCAUUCCUGUUGUGAGGGUUUGAUCCUUGGCCCGAGGAACUUCCGCAUGCCGUGGGUGUAACCAAAAAAAAAUCAGUAGAGAUGAAUCCAUCAGAAUAACUUAAUUUAGGGGGAUGCGGGGUAAGAGGGAAGAAAGGAUAUUGCUGUGGAACAUGAGAAUGAAAAUUAAUGCAUUUCAAAGUUUAGUAAGGUUUGAUAGGUAAAUAAAGAAUGUCACUUUUUUAUUUAACUGAUAAGGUUUUUGCUAUUUUGUUGUUUGCUAUUUUGAUGAGUAAACCAAAGAAUAUUUGCAUUCCAA